AUGUCGUCAGGCACCAGGGUAUCAACCCACGAGCGCCGCGCGAACGGCAGCACAGCAUCCGCCGCCGACCAGGAACGAGCCUCGAGGGCAGCGCGCAUGAAUGCCGCCGCCGCCGCCGCGGGGAGCGGUACGGGAAGCGCCCAGACGAGCUUCAAAAGCGAGCGCAGUGAGAGGAGCGAUGCACGCCAACGAGAGCGCGAGCGGGACCGGGAUCGGGAUCGGGAUCGGGAUAGGGAACGAGAAUACCAGCAACGCGAGAGGGCGGCGUCACCGAGUAGCAAUACGCACAAGCGGUCGGCGUCAGGGAACCCCCGGACGACGAGCCGAGCGCAUGAUGACAGACGCGUGGAGGAGAGGAGGACAGAGAGGACGUACGUGACGCAGCUCGAGACUGUGGUCCAGCGGGCGAGGAGUCCGGAAAGGGGGGACCGGAGAGGCGGGGGCGAUAAGGGGAAGGCUGCUGAGGCCAAGUCGCGAACGGCCGAGGCGAAGCCCAAGGAGGCCAAGGUUGACAGUCCACCAGCCCCCUUGGCUUGUCGAAUAUCAAUACCGCCGCUCGCGUCACAGGCGCCACAGCCCCAGCAGCCGAAACCGCUGAACGAGCUGUCCCUUGAGGCGCAGGAGGCGGUGAUGCUAGAGGAUCUGCUGUUUGUCUUCAUGGGCUACGAGGGCCAGUACAUCCGCUUCGCCAAGACGUACAACCCCCACGAGGAAAGGGACCGGCUGUCAGGGCCAACAUUCAGGAUAUUGCCGGGCCUGGACCCAAGUCUGCAGGACCUGACAGUGUCGAUGCUGAAGAUGGCAACUUAUUACUCGGCCCUCGAGAUGUUUGUCGACGUGCAGAGCAGGGAGGAGUUUGGCGCCGUCAACCAUGCGCUAUGCGCCUCCAUCAGGAAGUUCCUUCACGACUACCUCGUCAUGGUUGCGCAGCUGGAAACGCAGUUUCUGACAAACGAGACUUUUACCCUCCACGUCCUUAACAUUCACACAUUACCCACGAGUCAGAUGAUGUCGCAUCUGUAUUCCCUAGCCCACGACUUGCUCAAGAGGAAUGCGCUGCUAGACGACGACGAUGAAGAAGAAAGCGACAGCGCGGACGAUUUCGAGAACAUUCUCGAGUCGUUGCGCGAGGGCGGCGACUUGGUACCUGGCUCGGGAAAGAAGAUCUGCAAAGGAGGCGUGGUACUGGGGCUGAUCACGAAGAGGCUUGAGUCAAUGUCGGGAGACCCAGCGGCGCGCGCGCUGCUGACCUCGCUGCUGCGCGAUGCUAGUAAGCCGUACAUGGUGAUGCUCAACGAGUGGCUCCAUCACGGCGGCAUCAACGACCCCCACGCCGAGUUCUUGAUCAAGGAACAAAAGAGUAUCCGCAGGGAACGCCUAGAGCAGGAUUAUACCGACGAGUACUGGGAGCGACGAUACACGAUCCGGGAGCACGAUAUUCCUCCUCAGCUAGAGGGUGUCAAGGAGAAGGUCUUGUUGGCUGGCAAGUACCUCAAUGUCGUCAGAGAGUGCGGCGGUGUGGACGUCAGCAAGGUCGUCCAGGACGUGCCCACGUCCUUUGAUGACAGCCGUUUCCUGGAGAACGUCAACAGCGCCUACGCGCACGCCAACGAGUCGCUCAUGCAGUUGCUCCUGACAACACACUCGUUGCCCAUGAGGCUGCGGUCGAUGAAGCACUACUUCUUCCUGGACCCGUCCGACUACUUUUCCUACUUCCUUGAGCUCGGCACUUCGGAGCUGCGGAAACCCGUCAAGUCCGUUAACACCGGCAAGCUGCAGUCGCUGCUCGACCUAGUCCUGCGGCAGCCGGGCAGCAUCGUCUCCUUGGACCCCUUCAAGGAGGACGUCAAGGUGGAGAUGAACGAAAUCACGCUGAUCAAGUCGUUGCAGCGGGUCGUCAACAUUACGGGUAUCGAGCAGGGCGAGACGCUGCAGCCGUUGGCCAACCAACCGAUCGAGAACGAUAAAAACGCCAUCGGCUUUACCUCGCUGCAGCUCGACUACACGGUGCCUUUCCCCGUCUCCCUCGUCAUCAGCCGCAAGACCGUUUGGCGGUACCAAGCGCUGUUCCGCUACCUCCUUUCGCUGCGCUAUCUCGAGUCCCAGCUGUCGACGACGUGGUACUCGCAGACCUCCGGCCUGACGUGGGCGCACAAGAGCUCCUCGCGCAGCCUCGAGAUUUGGAAGCGCCGCGUGUGGACGCUGCGCGCACGCAUGCUCGUCUUUGUGCAGCAGCUGCUCUACUUCUGCACCGCCGAGGUCAUCGAGCCCAACUGGGCAAAGUUCAUGUCCAGGCUCAAGGUUGGCGAGGAGGGCCAGGAGGCGGCAUCGGGCAGCGCCUCGUCGGGUCCGACGAGGACUGUGGACGAGCUGAUGCAGGACCAUGUGGACUUCUUGGACACGUGCUUGAAGGAGUGCAUGCUCACCAACAGCAAGCUACUGAGAAUCCACUCCAAACUGAUGCAAACCUGCACAAUCUUCGCAACCUACUCCAACUGGCUCUCCCGCGAACUGGAAAAGGCGGACCCGGACCUGUCUGGCGCCACGCGACCCUCCAACAUGACGGCCGAGCAGUGGCGCGCCUUCGAGGCUGUCAGGACCCAGAAGCCCACGACGGGCUCGCACGGCGACUCGACGUCGUCGGCAGGGCCGGGCGCGAGCGACCAGCAACAGCAGGACGCGCGCGUGGGGAACCUGUUUGAAAUCAUGAAGAAGUGGGAGGGCAACUUCAGCAGGCACCUGCAGAUCCUGCUCGACGCGCUAAACCACUACGCCGCGACCGAGACGGUCGUCCUGCUCAGUCUCUGCGCCCGGCUCAGCACGGCGAACCAGGGGACAGAGUACGCCGGAUUGCGGAACGAGGACGACAGCGUUGCAUAA